UAAACAACAGAACAUAUAUUCAGGCAAUCUAAGACCUGUGAGCACAGCUGAAACCUCACACACAGGUAAGUGAUGAAAAUAUAAAAGAGAUUUUACUGAACAGUUUAUUGGUAUGUCUCUGAAUAUCUAACUGGGGUAAAGUUUGGUAAAACCAGGUUUAAGAGUCAAAUGUUUAGUAUUUAUGGGGUUUAUUUCACUGAAAUGGUAUCAAAAUUGUAUUAAGAGAACAUCAUUUGCGGAUUGCAAAUUAAAGUUUGAUGUGUGCAGAAAUUGUCAUCGCACAACAGAUUCAGGAAGUACAUGAACUGCAGACAAACCGAAAGCAAAAGAAUUAAAAAAGGGAAUUAAGAGUGAUGGCACAAUCUUCAUCAGCAUCACAAAAACCAACUGAGGUCAGGAGAAGGAGUCUGGAUGAACCACCAUUAUCUCUGUCAUUCCCCAGAGGUCCUCUCUCAGAGGAGCUCAAGUGCUCGAUCUGUAUGGAUUUGUUAACUGAUCCAGUCAGCACUCCAUGUGGACACAACUUCUGUAAGAGCUGCCUGAACCAGUGCUGGAACAACACUCAGACCUGCAAUUGUCCAGCCUGUAGAGCAACAUUCGGUAAAAGACCCGACCUCAUGAUCAACACAGCACUCAGACAGGUUGUGCAGCUCUUUAAGGAAAAGUCUGGUCUGAGUAAAUCUGAGGUUCUCUGUGACAUCUGUGAUGAUAUAAAGAUGAAAGCGCUGAAGAUGUGUCUGGUGUGUCAGAGCUCUUACUGUGAAACUCACCUGGAGCCUCAUCAGAGAGUUGCACAUUUAAAGAAACACAAACUGAUUGAUCCUCUGGAGAAUCUUGAGUGCUAUAUCUGUCAGACACAUGGAAAACCUCUGGAGCUGUUCUGUAGAGAUGAUCAGACAUGUGUGUGUUUGCUCUGCGGAAUGAAAGACCACAAAAACCACAACACUGUUGCUGUAGAAGAGGAGAGCGGAGAGAGGAAGCCUCAGCUGAUGAAGGUGCAGACAGACGUGCGGCAGAUGAUCCAGGAGAGAAUGAAGAGAAUACAAGACAUCAGACACUUAAAGGAAGUAAAAAAUGAAUCAUCAGAGAAAGAGAAAGCAGAGAGUACUGAGCUCUUCACUGGUCUGAUACGCUCCAUUGAGAGAUGUCAGUCUGAGCUGCUGGAGAUGAUGGAGCAGAAGCAGAGAGUAGCAGAGAAGCAGGCUGAAGAGCUGAUUAAAGAGCUGGAGCAGGAGGUCACUGAGCUAAAGAGGAGAGACGCUGAGCUGGAGCAGCUUUCACACACCGAGGAUCACCUGCACUUCCUACAGAUUUACACAUCGCUGAGCAGACCUCCACACACCAGCAGCUGCACUGAGAUCAGUAUUAGUGACACUCAGCUGAGUGCGGAAACUCUGAUAAGAUCUCUGACUCAACUACAGACGACUCUAGAUGAGAAACUCAGCAUAACUGUUCAGAAGAUAAUGCAGCAUGCAGAUACAAGAGUCAGUGACACUGAGAGUGCUCACAAGACAAUGCAGCAAUAUGGAGUGGAUAUGACUAUGGAUCCUGAUACAGCUAUGCCGUUUGUCUCCCCAGUUCAGAAGACAAUGCAGCAAUAUGCAGUGGCUGUGACUCUGGAUCCUGAUACAGCUCAUCCAAAUCUCAUUCUGUCUGAUCAUGGAAAAAGAGUGGCAUAUAGAGAUAUUAAGCUUAAAGUCCCAUACAACCCAAAGAGGUUUGAUUACUGUCCCUGUGUCCUGGCAAAAGAGGGUUUCAGCUCAGGGAGAUUUUAUUUUGAGGUGCAGGUAAAUGGAAAGACUGAUUGGGAUAUAGGAGUGGCCAGAGAAUCCAUUAACAGGAAGGGAAUGAUCACAGCAGUUCCUGAAGCUGGAUACUGGAUUAUAAUCCUGAGGAAUGAGAAUCAGUAUCUGGUUUGUGAAUCUGCCUUUGUCCCUCUGCCUCUGAGAGUGAAGCCUCAGGUUGUGGGUGUGUUUGUGGAUUAUGAGGGGGGUUUGGUCUCCUUUUAUGAUGUGAAGUCCAGAUCUUGUAUUUAUUCUUUCACUGGUCAGUCUUUCACUGAGAAACUCUUCCCAUACUUUAGCCCUUAUGAUAAUAAAAAAGGUAGAAAUGAAGCUCCACUGAUAAUUAGAUGCAAUAAAUGAAUAUACACCACAAAUAUGAAAAUAGGAUUUAGGACUACAGCAUGAAUACUUUGUUUUGAAAUGAUGGAUUAUGUUAUCACAUUUUUGCCACAUUAGUUUUUCAGCUUUGAAAACCUGCUUCUCUCAUUUCAUUUUUGCUCUGAAGGGUCAGAAAUGUUUGCUAAAGCCAUUUUCUUUUACUGCUCAAAAGUUAAAUUACAUGUGAAACGCAUCUGUGUUCAUCGUGGUUUAGCAGUUUGUACAUUUCUUUUAAUAAAUGUAAUAAAAUAUCAUAAACACACAACAUAAUUUAUUAUCCUGAAAUUAAUAAUAAUUUAUAUCUGUAUAUAUAGGUAUUUCACAGGGUCAAUUAUCUCGCCUUCAGUAAGUACAAAAUGUUGCUGCCAGACUUUUGACUCGCACAAAGAAGAGAGAGAGAAUUUCCCCAGUUUUGGUUUCUUUACAUUGGUUGCCUGUAAAAUUUAGAAUUAAAUUUAAGGUUUUGUUGAUGGUUUUUAAAGUGUUGCAUGGCAUUGCCCCAAAAUACAGUAUAUUGGUGACCUUGUGAUUCCUCACCAAAAUACAUGGAAUAUGAGAUCUUUGAGUCAGAUGAUUCUUAAUGUUCUUAAAACUAGAUUAAAAUCAAAGGGAGCCCUCUUCCAAUUGAAUGGAAGGAACCCGCUUCCAAUGCAUAUUAAAUCUUCCCCAUAGUAUAGCUUUUAGAAUUGAUUAGAGUGAUCAGGAUUUAAUUUUUAAUUUUGUUUGUGUGAUUAUGUAAUGAUGCUGGAAAGCACUUUGGUCAACGGCGGUUGUUUUAAAUGUGCUAUAGAAAUACAAUUUGUAUUGUAUUGUAUUGUAUACUAAAGCAUGUGUAAAUGAUACUGUAGCUCAGCAAAAGGGAACUUUCUUAUCUUUCUUUUUUAUUGUUUUUGAGAGCAACUAAAUACUUUUUAGAGUGAAAUGAGGAGGGAAAGGCAUUCAUUCAUUCAUUGUUAUAAUACUUUUAUUUUCUUAUUACACUGGGGAGGGUUACAUAUAAAUGUCAUUGCAUUAAAAAUGGAUUAUGGAAAAACAGAAAAAUUAGGAUAACUGUCAACAAAGACAUGGCAGUAAAGUAUACAGAUAAAGAUGCUGUUAA